AUGGUGAAACGAUGUGUAAUCUGUGGAAACGUGGAUGGUGACAAUAACGUUUCGGUGCACAGAUUUCUAACUGACGUACGUCGUCUUCAGUGGGUGGAAUUUGUGGUGAACCAAGGUUUUCCUGUAAACCUAAACUCUACGUUGUGUUCGAGGCAUUUUGUUCCUGGCCUUGACUACAAUGAAGGGAAUGUACGAUACCGUCGUCUGCUCCAUACAGCGGUUCCAUCUUUGGUAGUCGGACCGUACAGAGAACGAGAAGAUCACGUGGAAAACGUUGAUGCCGGUGUUCAAGUUCCGAGGGAUGAACUUUUGUUGGAAGAGAACAUUGAGGUAGUUGAAGUCAUGAUGGACAAUGACAACGUUGAGGUAGUUGAGGUCAUGAUGGACAAUGACAACGUUGAGGCAGGUGAAGUCGCGAUGGACGACGACAACGUUGAAAUAGUUGUCAUGAACGGAGACGAACAAGUAUCAGAUGAUGAUAACUUUGUUGGUGUUUUCGACCUUUCACCACUGUACGAUAUUGAAGGGGUUGAACAAAUCGCCCCGAUUGUUGCUAGACUGUUGGUAGACCGUCCGGCUGGCGUUCAGCACCCACUACCGGAACCUCACAACUUAGGUGAAUUGAAUUACGUAUGCACGUAUUGUAGGGCCCGCCACUUUAAGUGCGAGGAAACAAGCCCGAAUCAUUUUUCAACGGCU